UUCUAGUCUUGUCGGCGGUGUGAACCAGUUUCAGCCCACCGAUCAGCUGUUUUUCUGGGGGAGGGGUAAUAUCAGCCAAUGGCUGUUCGUGUAUUUACACACCUCCGACUGAACUUGACCUUCACCUUGUUAUCGCCAACCAAUGAAAGCCUACCACAAGCCGAAACUGACAGAUUAGAAAAAUAGUUCCACAUUUGGGAAUUAAUAAUCAAAGAAAUAAGACUUAAUUAUGCUGAUAAUUCAUUAAAACUGGAAAUAAUAGUGUAUUGAAUCAUAUAUUUUAUUCAAAUUAAAUGAUAUUUUCUUCAUCUCUAUUUCUACAAAUAGCAAAUUAAAUUAUUUUGAAUUACUACGCGUUAUACGUGACUGCGCUUCCUUCAUUAUCGCAAGGGAAGCCAGCAUGGUUGGUGUUACCAGAAUUUUGAGGUUUGCCUCUCACUUUCUUAAAGAGGCAGCAUCUUCAUCUAAGUUUGCCAGUAAGAUCGAGCCAAAGCGCAGGUAUGAUAUUCUCUAUGGAAACUUGAACCGGUUACCAAAGAAGGUCCGAUUCUUUGUCGAAGAGAAUGCAAAAGUCUGCCAACCAGAUGCAAUCCAUAUUUGUGAUGGCUCAGACAAAGAAAAGGAAUUGCUGUACUACAUGCUGCAAAGGGAUGGUGCAAUCAAACCCUUGCGUAAAUAUGAAAACUGCUGGCUUGCCACAACAGAUCCUGCAGAUGUAGCUAGAGUUGAAAGCCGUACUUUCAUCUCAACAGAGGAAAAACAUGACACUGUCCCAAGAAUCAAAGAUGGUGUCAAAGGAACUCUUGCAAAUUGGAUGUCACCUGAAGAUAUGGAAACUGCGUUGGACUCGAGAUUUCCAGGUUGCAUGCGUGGCAGGACCAUGUAUGUGAUUCCAUUUAGUAUGGGCCCAGUAGGGUCACCACUGUCGAAAAUUGGGAUCGAAAUCACAGAUUCUGCAUAUGUGGUGGCUAGCAUGAAAAUAAUGACACGGAUGGGCCAGAACGUUCUUGACACAUUAAAAGAUGGCGAUUUCAUCAAAUGUCUACACUCAGUUGGUCAGCCAGUUACUGGAACAGCUCCUACUGGCAGCAAGUAUGCAUGGCCUUGCAAUCCCAAAGAUGUGCUGGUUGCCCAUCUUCCUGAGAGGAACGAGAUCUGCUCCUAUGGCAGCGGAUAUGGAGGAAACUCCCUCCUCGGCAAGAAAUGCUUCGCUCUGAGGAUUGGGUCUAUACUUGCACGCAGAGAGGGUUGGUUGGCCGAGCACAUGCUGAUCAUGGGAGUGGAAAACCCACAAGGAGAGAAGAAAUACUUUGCUGCAGCAUUCCCAAGUGCUUGCGGUAAGACAAAUCUGGCAAUGAUGGAGCCAUCUCUGCCUGGCUACAAGGUAACAUGCGUAGGGGAUGAUAUUGCAUGGAUGAGGUUUGACAAAAACGGACAAUUGCGUGCGAUCAACCCGGAGGCUGGCUUCUUCGGUGUGGCUCCAGGGACUUCCAUGAAAACCAAUCCCAACGCCAUGAGAACAAUUCAGAAAAACACGGUGUUCACGAAUGUUGGUGCAACAAGUGAUGGGGGCGUGUAUUGGGAAGGGAUGGACGAGGAAAUGCCGGAUAAUGUGUCAACAACAUCAUGGCUGGGAGUUGAAGACUGGCGUAAAGAGACUGGCAAACCAGCAGCCCAUCCCAACUCCAGGUUCUGCACGCCUGCGGACCAGUGUCCAAUCAUAGAUGAUCAGUGGGAGAGUCCUGAGGGGGUCCCAAUUGAGGGCAUCAUAUUUGGUGGGCGUCGCCCAGAGGGGGUUCCCUUAGUCUACGAGUCAUUCGAUUGGAAUCAUGGCGUCUUUCUUGGUGCAGCUUUGAAAUCAGAGGCAACUGCGGCUGCUGAACACAAAGGCAAAGUCGUGAUGCACGAUCCAUUCGCAAUGAGGCCCUUCUUCGGGUACAAUUUUGGUCACUACCUUGACCACUGGCUCAGUUUCCAGGACAACGACAAGUUGAAGCUUCCCAAGGUCUUCCAUGUCAACUGGUUCAGGAAGGGGCCCAGUGGAUUCUUAUGGCCUGGAUUCGGGGAAAAUUCUCGGGUUUUGGACUGGAUCUUCCGACGUGUGAAUGGUGAGGAUUGUGCUAUGAAAUCUGCUGUGGGUCUCGUUCCAACUCCUGAUUCAAUUGAUUUGUCAGGGUUGAAAGACAAAGUUGAUAUGGAGGAAUUGUUUCGACUCCCGAAGGAUUUCUGGAAAAUGGAGGUUGAAGAGCUGAAUAAAUACUUUGAAGAGCAAGUUGGUGAAGAUCUGCCGGCAAAGAUCCGACAGGAGUUGAAAAAGUUGGAACAGAGGGUUGAAUCUGACUUGUGAACUUAGUUGAUAAUCAUGACUAUGUGAUAUUAACCAGAACUUGGAGGUUUUGUUUUAGAAACUGUGAAACUUUGAAAGCAUCUUGUGGGUAUUUCAUUGAAUUGAGUAGUUUUUGUCAUAGAUGAAUCUAUCGGGACCAAAGGAUUUUUUUUUUGGUAUUUUAUUUUGUAAAUUGCUUGCAAUUCAUUUUUUUAUGCAAUAAUUUGAAUACCCUUUGCAUGUUUUUAAUGAUAUUUUAUUUUUUAAGUAUGUUUUACGCUUUUAGAAAAUUUUAUUAGAAUGCCUUUUAGGCAAAUGUUAUAAAGUUUUGUAAACAUUUUUAGGGUUCAUACUCUAAGGGAAUGUUGAAUUUUUCUUCAGUACUCUUUUAUGUGUGUAUAUUACAAAUAAUGUUUUAUUUUAUGUUACUAUGUUUUUAAAGAAAAAAAUGUACUAGUAUGAACUCAAUAUAAAAUAUGUCAAUUUUGGUGACAUUUGUUUAAUGUAUAAUAUAAGCUUUAAAAUGCUAGUGAUGGGAGGUGUGGACUUAAUGAAAUCAUGAGAUGUAAUUAAUUUUAUCCACGUGCGCACAAGUGAUAUCUGACAUUCCUUGAAUGAAUUUAUUUUUUUGUAUGAUAGUAUGCAAAUGAUUGGCUGUGAUAUUACCCUUUGAAAGUCUUUUUCUGCAACAGAAACUUUUAAAUGUGUGUCAUUGUUAGUCUUAACAUAAUAAUAUUUGUCAUUUGUGCAUUUUAAUAAGUGUUAUGUCCCAUAAAUAUUCAGGAGUGGAUAUACAUUGUGUUCUUAAGGAUCUCAAUUGGUGUGUGAUUGUAGGGUGUUGACUUGUUAUACUUUAGUACUUUAGACGAAAACGAUUGUUUCAAUGUCUGUGUCAACUCAUUUGUCUUGCUUUAUGGCUUUUUUGAAACAUCACCACUGAUAGAAGUGGUUUAAUUGCUUCGGUGACUCUUAAAAUUAUUCUGGACUGUCGCUUGUGUUCUUAAUUAUUUAGAGACACAGGUUGAAAGCAAUUUGCUUGCCAUACUAAUAUUUAUCAUAGACCUACUUCUUUUUCUUUUAUUUGAAUGUUUCCUCAUGUGUCUCAUUAAAAAAGUAUUUUCACGGUUGUGUAACAUUACUUAAAAUAUUCUGUUUCAUAUGUUUUUAAUUUGAAUUUUAUAUUAGAAUUGAAGUUAGAAAAAUGCAAUAAAAGUUGAUAAUUA